CCCUAAAAAUAAAUCUGUUGCAAGCCGUGGACCAGCCGCAUCCUGUUGCCUUCAAGCCCAACAAUUGCAGCACCCAUCCGCCCCACCAUUCCCCCAGCACCCAGAACAACGGCAAGAGCGCUCGUGCUAACCGCCGUCGACGUCGCAGACGCAACAAGCAACAGCAGAAUUCGCAGCAGCCUGACGCUUUCCGGGAUCCGGACGCACAGCUAACACCGAGCACCUCCUCGUCCACCCCGCACUCGGCACCUAACGACCGACAGGACCACCUAGACGCGCACUUUCACUCCAACUCGCAUUCCCAAAUCGACAAGAUGCCCGCCCGAUUCGCCGAGGAAGUCAUCACCGCUGAGCCCGCACAGCGUGCCGCCCCCCAAUUGGACCUGGGUGGUGGUCACUACGUGCCCCGCCAGCAGCACCUCAACGACGAGAUCGCCAUCUCCGGGUUCUCCGGCCGUCUGCCGGAGAGCUCCACCAUCGAGGAAUUCAAGCAGAACCUCUUCGAUGGCGUCGACAUGGUCAACGACGAUCCCCGCCGCUGGGAGCGAGGUCUCUACGGACUGCCGGACAGGAUUGGCAAGAUCAAGGAGGCCGAUCUGGAGAACUUCGACCAGCAGUUCUUCGGCGUGCACCAAAAGCAGGCUGAGUGCAUGGACCCCCUGCUGCGCAUGCUGCUCGAGCUGACCCACGAGGCGAUCAUCGACGCCGGUCUGAACCCCACCGACCUGCGUGGAUCCCGCACUGGUGUCUACAUUGGAGUGUCCAACUCGGAGACGGAGCAACACUGGUGCAGCGAUCCGGACCGCGUUAACGGCUAUGGCUUGACGGGAUGUGCUCGUGCCAUGUUCGCCAACCGCAUCUCCUUCACCUUCGACUUCAAGGGACCCAGCUACAGCAUCGACACCGCGUGCUCCAGCUCCCUGUACGCCUUGGAGCAGGCCUUCUCCGACAUGCGCGAGGGAAAGGUCGACAACGCCCUGGUCGCCGGAGCGGGCCUGAUCCUCAAGCCCACCAUGUCGCUGCAGUUCAAGCGACUGAACAUGCUGAGUCCGGACGGCAGCUGCAAGGCCUUCGAUGAGUCCGGCAACGGAUACGUGCGCUCCGACGGCUGCGUGGUGCUCCUGCUGCAGCGCACCUCGGCCGCCCGGCGCGUGUACGCCUCCAUCCUGAACGUGCGCACCAACACGGACGGCUUCAAGGAGCAGGGCAUCACGUACCCCAUCGGCAAGAUGCAGAACCGCCUGAUCCGCGAGACCUACGAGGAGAUCGGCCUCAACCCCGCCGACGUGGUCUACGUGGAGGCCCACGGCACCGGCACCAAGGUGGGCGAUCCCCAGGAGGUCAACUCCAUCACGGACUUCUUCUGCAAGAACCGCACCAGCCCGCUGCUGAUCGGCUCGGUCAAGUCCAACAUGGGACACUCGGAGCCCGCCUCGGGCGUCUGCUCGGUGGCCAAGAUCCUGAUCGCCAUGGAGGAGGGCGUGAUCCCCGGCAACCUGCACUACAACAAGCCCAACCCGGACCUCUACGGCCUGGUCGAUGGCCGCCUCAAGGUGGUGGACAAGAACCUGCCCUGGAACGGCGGCAUCAUCGGCCUGAACUCCUUCGGCUUCGGAGGAGCCAACGCCCACGUGAUCCUCAAGUCGAACCCCAAGCCCAAGGCGCUGACGCCCAAGGACGGCGCCGCCAAGGUGGUGCUCGCCUCCGGCCGCACCUUCGAGGCCGUGGAGCAGCUGCUCGAGUCGGCCGCCACGCACGCCGAGGACGACGAGUACCUGCAGCUGAUCAACGACAUCCACUCGAAGCCCAUUGCGAACCACUUCUUCCGCGGCUUCGGCGUGGUCAGCAGCAAGGGCACCCACCAGCGCGAGGUGAUCGAGUGCUCGGAGGAGAAGCGCCCGGUGUGGUACAUCUACUCCGGCAUGGGCAGCCAGUGGGCCAGCAUGGCCAAGGACCUGAUGCAGAUCGAGGCCUUCGCCAAGAGCAUCCAGCGCUGCGCCGACGUGCUGAAGCCCGAGGGCGUCGACCUGAUCGACGUGCUCACCCGCUCCACGGACAAGAGCUUCGAGAACAUCCUCAACUCGUUCAUCUCGAUCGCCGCCAUGCAGGUGGCCCUCACCGACCUGCUCAGCUCGCUGGGCAUCCACCCCGACGGCAUCGUGGGCCACUCGGUGGGCGAGCUGGGCUGCGCCUACGCCGACGGCUGCUUCACCCCCGAGCAGACCGUGCUGGCCGCCUACUGGCGCGGCAAGAGCAUCCUGGACACCCAGCUGGCCAAGGGCAAGAUGGCCGCCGUGGGCCUCAGCUGGGAGGAGGCGCACAGCCGCGUGCCGGCCGACUGCUUCCCGGUGUGCCACAACAGCGAGGACAACUGCACCAUCUCCGGACCCGAGGCCUCCAUCGAGGCGCUGGUCGCCAAGCUGAACGCCGAGGGCGUCUUCGCCAAGGCGGUCAACUCCUCCGGCUACGCCUUCCACAGCAAGUACAUCGCCGAGGCGGGGCCAAAGCUGCGCAAGAGCCUGGAGAAGAUCAUCCCGAACGCCAAGAACCGCACCUCCCGCUGGAUCAGCACCAGCAUCCCGGAGUCCGCCUGGAACACCCCGGUGGCCAAGCAGUCCUCGGCCGCCUACCACGUGAACAACCUCCUGUCGCCGGUGCUCUUCCACGAGGCCCUCCAGCACGUGCCCAAGAACGCCAUCUCCGUGGAGAUCGCGCCCCACGGCCUGCUGCAGGCCAUCCUUAAGCGCGCCCUCGGCCCGGACGCCACCAACCUGAGCCUGGUGAAGCGCGGCCACGAGAACAACGUCGAGUUCCUGCUGACCAACGUGGGUAAGCUGUACGCCGCCGGCGCCCAGCCGCAGGUCCUGAACCUGGUGCGUCCCAUCAGCUACCCGGUGGGUCGCGGCACCCCCAUGCUGAACUCCAAGGUGGGCUGGGACCACACCCAGAAGUGGCUGGUGGCCAAGUUCGGCAAGGAGACCUCCUCCGGCGAGACCAUCGUGGAGGUGGACCUCUCCAAGGAGGAGGACGCCUUCCUCGCCGGCCACACCAUCGACGGCAGGAUCCUGUUCCCGGCCACCGGCUACAUGACCCUCGCCUGGCAGACCUUCGCCAAGAUGCAGGGCAGCGAGUUCCACAAGACGCCCGUCGUGAUGGAGAACCUGGUCUUCCACCGGGCCACCAUCCUGAACAAGAACGCCGUGGUGAAGUUCGGCAUCAACUUCUUCGACGGCACCGGCGCCUUCGAGAUCUGCGAGAGCGGCAGCCUGGCCGUUUCCGGCAAGAUCACCAUUCCCGAGUCCAUCGACAAUGAGGAGCUGCCUCUGGAGGCGCAGACGCCCAGCGCCGUGGCCAAGGAGCUGGUCACCAACGACGUGUACAAGGAGCUGCGCCUGCGCGGCUACGACUACGCCGGAAUCUUCCGCGGCAUCGUGCGCUCCGACACGGUGGCCUCCACGGGCCAGCUGCAGUGGGUGGACAACUGGAUCAGCUUCAUGGACACCAUGCUGCAGUUCAGCAUCCUGAGCAAGAACCUGCGUGAGCUCUACCUGCCCACCCGCAUCGAGCGCGCGGUGAUCAAUCCCGCCAAGCACUUCGAGCUGCUGGCCGCCCUCUCCAAGGAGCAGCAGCUGGAGACCGGGGUGCCCGUGCAGUGGUACAGCGACAUCAACGUGAUCAAGAGCGGCGGCGUGGAGCUGCGCGGCCUGAAGGCCAAUCUCGCCCAGCGUCGUCCCGGCACCCAGGCGCCUCCCACCCUGGAGCGCUACCAGUUCGUGCCGAACCUCAACAGCACCGAUCUGCACGAGAACUCGGAGAAGGCGCGCCUGCACGCCCUGGACGUGGCCAUCCAGGUGAUCAUCGAGAACUCCAGCGGCGCCGUAAAGCUGAAGGGCGUGGAGCUGGCCAACGGACGCAACCCCGACGUGCUGGUGGCCAACCGCCUGCUGCAGAUCAUCGAGGGCGAGCCCGUUCUCACCGGGGAUGUGGCCGUGGCCACGUCGAAUGGCAACGAGGAGACCAUCGCCGCCGCUCUCGGGGAUUCGGGAGUGCGCGUCCUGACCAAGGACGUGCUGAAGGAGCCGGUUGAGCAGAACUGUCACUUCGUCUUCGGCAUCGAUGUGCUCUCCCGUCCGGACACGAAGACCUUGGAGAACUCCGUGGCCAGCCUCAAGGAGGCUGGCUUCCUGAUCCUCGAGGAGACCCUGGCCACCUACACCAAGACUGGACGCGCUCUCCUCGCCAAGUUCGGCUUCGUGGCCGUGCAAGAGCAGAGCCUGGGAGCCACUCGCGUCCUGGUGCUCGCCCGCAAGGCGGUGGACCUGAAGAGCCGCAAGUCCGUGGUGGUCGUGGCCACCGAGCAGAACUUCAACUGGGUGGACGACCUGAAGGCCGCCCUGGCCACCGCCAACACGGAGGAGCAGUACGUGUACGUGGUCUGCCAGGGAGAGGAGCUCUUCGGCGCCGUGGGCCUGAUGACCUGCAUCAAGAACGAGAACGGCGGCAAGCUGGCCCGCCUGGUCUUCGUGCAGGACGCCAAGGCCGAGAAGUUCUCGCUGACCUCCGCUCUGUACCGCCAGCAGCUGGAGAAGGACCUCAUCUCGAACGUGCUCAAGAACGGAGCGUGGGGCACCUUCCGCCACCUGAAGCUGGAGACCCAGCAGGCCACCCUCCAGGUGGAGCACGCCUACGUGAACGCCCUGGUCAAGGGAGACCUCGCCUCGCUCAAGUGGAUCGAGGCCGCCCAGGCGGACACCGCUGUCUCCGCGGACAAGAACCUGGAGACCUGCACCGUCUACUACGCGCCCAUCAACUUCCGCGACGUGAUGCUGACCUCCGGCAAGCUGGCCGCCGACGCCCUGCCCGGAGACCUGGCCGAGCAGGACUGCGUGCUCGGCCUGGAGUUCGCCGGACGGGACUCGCAGGGCCGCCGCGUGAUGGCCAUGGUGCCGGCCAAGUCGCUGGCCACCACCUGCGUGGCCAGCAAGCGCAUGAUGUGGCAGAUCCCCGAGAAGUGGACCAUGGAGGAGGCCUCCACGGUGCCGUGCGUCUACUCCACCGUCUACUACGCGUUGGUGGUGCGUGGCCAGAUGAAGAAGGGCGAGAAGAUCCUCAUCCACGCCGGCUCCGGGGGAGUGGGCCAGGCGGCCAUCUCCGUGGCGCUCGCCCACGGACUGACCGUCUUCACCACGGUGGGCAGCAAGGAGAAGCGCGAGUUCCUGCUGAAGAGGUUCCCCAAGCUGCAGGAGCGCAACAUCGGCAACUCCCGCGACACCUCCUUCGAGCAGCUGGUGCUGCGCGAGACCAAGGGACGCGGCGUGGACCUGGUGCUCAACUCGCUCUCCGAGGAGAAGCUGCAGGCCUCGAUCCGCUGCCUGGGAUUAAACGGCCGCUUCCUGGAGAUCGGCAAGUUCGACCUGAGCAACAACAGCCCGCUGGGCAUGUCGGUGUUCCUCAAGAACACCUCCUUCCACGGCAUUUUGCUGGACAGCGUGAUGGAGGGCGAGGAGGAGAUGCAGAACCAGGUGGUCUCCCUGGUGGCCGAAGGCAUCAAGAGCGGCGCCGUGGUGCCGCUGCCCACGUCCGUCUUCAACGACCAGCAGGUGGAGCAGGCCUUCCGCUUCAUGGCCUCCGGCAAGCACAUCGGCAAGGUGGUGAUCAAGGUGCGCGACGAGGAGGCGGGCAAGAAGGCGCUGCAGCCCAAGGCGCGCCUGAUCAACGCCAUCCCGCGCACCUACAUGCACCCGGAGAAGAGCUACAUCCUGGUCGGUGGCCUGGGAGGCUUCGGCCUCGAGCUGACCAACUGGCUGGUGACCCGCGGAGCCCGCUUCAUCGUGCUGACCUCGCGGUCGGGCGUGAAGACCGGCUACCAGGGCCUGAUGAUCCGCCGCUGGCAGGAGCGCGGCGUCAAGGUGGUGAUCGAUACCAGCGACGUGACCACCGCCGCCGGAGCCAAGAAGCUGCUGGAGAACAGCAACAAGCUGGCCCUGGUCGGAGGCAUCUUUAACCUGGCCGCCGUGCUGCGGGACGCCCUCAUCGAGGACCAGACCGCCAAGGACUUCAAGACGGUCGCCGAUCCCAAGGUGACCGCUACUAAGCAUCUGGACCAGUACUCGCGCGCCAUCUGCACCGAGCUGGACUACUUCAUCUGCUUCUCGAGUGUGUCCUGCGGCCGCGGCAACAUCGGACAGACCAACUACGGCCUGGCCAACUCCGCGAUGGAGCGCAUCUGCGAGCAGCGGCAGGCGAGCGGCUUCCCGGGCACGGCCAUCCAGUGGGGCGCCAUCGGCGACACCGGCCUGGUGCUGGAGAACCUGGGCGACAACGACACCGUGAUCGGAGGAACCCUGCCCCAGAGGAUGCCCUCGUGCCUGCAGACCAUCGACCUGUUCCUGCAGCAGCCGCACCCCGUCGUGGCCUCCAUGGUGGUGGCCGAGAAGCGCAAGUCCGACCAGUCGGCCGGCGUCAGCCUGAUCGCCACCAUCGCCAACAUCCUGGGCCUGCGGGACACCAAGAACAUCCAGGACGGCGCCUCGCUGGCCGAUCUCGGCAUGGACUCGCUGAUGAGCGCGGAGAUCAAGCAGACGCUGGAGCGCAACUUCGACAUUGUGCUGUCCGCCGCCGAGAUCCGUCAGCUCACCUUCGGAGCACUGAAGGCCAUGGACGGUGGCGCCGAGGCCAAGCCAGCUGCGGCUGCUCCCGCCGCGGCGGCAGGCACUGCUGCUGCCGAGUCCGCCAUCACUUCGGGUGCAUCCUCGCGCACUGCCAGUCCGCUGGGCGAUGGCACCCAGGUGGUGUUCACCACCUCGCUGAUUCCCACCGAGGCGAUCGUCCGCCUGGAGACCAAGGCGCCUGCGAGCAGCAAGCAGAGCCCGAUCUUCUUCAUCGCCCCCAUCGAAGGCUUCGCCUCCGCGCUGGAGCCGCUGGCCAAGCGACUGGAGGUGCCCGCCUACGGACUGCAGUUCACGGAGGACGUGCCCUCCGACUCCCUGGAGGCGGCGGCCAAGUUCUUCAUCAAGCAGCUGCGCACCGUGCAGCCAAAGGGGCCGUACAAGCUGGCCGGCUACUCCUUCGGCUGCCUGCUCACCUACGUGAUGGCCGGCAUCCUGGAGCAGAGCAACGAGGUGGCCAACGUGAUCAUGCUGGACGGAGCGCCGACCUACGUGAACUGGUACACCAGCAGCUUCAAGCAGCGCUACACGGACGGAAGCAACGCCGACAACGACAACCAGAGCUACGGCCUGGCCUACUUCGGCAUUGUCCUGGCCAACAUUGACUACAAGGCGCUGGUGCGACUGCUACUGGUGAUCCCCACUUGGGAGGAGAAACUCGAGAGGUUCGCCGAGCUGAUGAGCAAUGAGAUCACACAGCCCGUGGAAACGAUCAAAAAAUCCGCCACUCUGUUCUACAAGAAACUGGAGCUGGCCGAUGGCUACCUGCCCACUCUGAAGCUGAAGUCGAGCGUGACCCUGGUCAAGCCCACAGACAACUCUGCCAAGCUGGACGAGGACUACCGCCUCAAGGAGGUCUGCACAAAGCCCGUGGAGGUUCACACCGUUGAGGGCAACCACCGCACCUUCCUCAUCGAGGAUCAGUCCCUGAAGACCAUCCAGAGCAUACUGAAGCGUCUGUUCAACUAGGCUAGGAGCGGAUUAGCAUAGGAGUUGUGGAUGAUCAUCACCCCUCACCGCCACCUUCAGCCACAUCCAAUACUCGGAACACACAUCGACACACCCAGUUAGCCAGUUAGCAUACUUAGUGAAAGAAUUUACGUUGUUGAGCCGCAAGGAAUCGCUCGCUCUACCCCAGUUACGCACAGCUAGAAGAGAUAGGAUCGGAUUGGAGUGGAUCGAUCGCCUGGGAUCUGCCUAACUGCCGUCUUGCAGCGCCGUAGACUUUGGUCCAAAAUUUAGCCUACGGCCGCUACGAUUCCGGGCAGUUGAAAGGAUCCAGGAUGCGAGUCGCCCAACCCUUCACACUUAACGCUUUGUGCACCGUACAGUUCAGUAGUUCAGUACAGUACCCGACAUUCCUUGAGCGCUAGACGGCACUAGACGUCCCAACUUACCAAAUAUAUCUUUUAUGCUCUAUCUAUUACGUAAUACGUAUGUCGCACACCCUAGUUUAAUUGCCUAGUUGUAAGCCUACAGUCUGUAGUCGCGCAUGUAAUGAAUUUCAUUCCUCGAACUAACCCAAGAAAAGAAACUGCUAAAUUUGUUAUCUCUCUUGAUGUAUAAAAUAAUCGCAAACGAUCACUCAUGAAUAUUGUGGAUAUUAAAUUACACCAUACUAAAAAAUAA